AGGCUAGCUGAGAUACGUGGAGGCUCUCUUUGCAGAGGGAUCCGUGUUCCCCCAAGUGCUCCUGACGGCGUUAAGCUCCGGGCGAGGGCGGCGCCCCGCGUUCCUCCGCCGCCUCCGAGGGGGAGUUUCCAGGAAGUGGCCAUAUUGGAUUCAUUCAGUUGCAUCAACCCAAAGAAGAGAGCAGGUUCCCGCAAGGCGGCUUGACGGCCACAGACCUAGAGGAGAAGCCCCUCGUCCUUUGCUCCCUGGAGAUCUCCAGCUAUGGCCGCGACAGACGUAGAGCGCUUUUCUAAUGAGGAGAAACGGAAUCUCUCUCUGGGGGGCCAUGUUGGAUUUGACAGUCUUCCUGACCAGCUUGUCAGCAAAUCUGUGGCACAAGGCUUCAGCUUCAACAUCCUCUGUGUGGGUGAAACUGGAAUUGGGAAAUCCACACUGAUGAACACACUUUUUAAUACGACAUUUGAGACCGAGGAAGCCAGUCACUAUGAGAACGUUGUCCGCCUACGGCCACGGACUUAUGACCUGCAGGAAAGCAAUGUUCAGCUGAAGCUGACAAUUGUGGAUGCUGUGGGGUUUGGGGAUCAGAUAAAUAAAGACGAAAGUUACAGGCCAAUAGUUGAUUACAUUGAUACACAAUUUGAAAACUACUUACAAGAAGAAUUAAAAAUACGUCGUUCUCUCUUCAAUUAUCAUGAUACGAGAAUCCAUGUCUGCCUUUACUUCAUUACUCCAACUGGACACUCACUUAAGUCCUUGGAUUUGGUAACCAUGAAAAAACUGGAUAGUAAGGUGAACAUUAUCCCUAUAAUUGCCAAAUCUGACACCAUUUCCAAGAGCGAAUUGCACAAAUUUAAGAUUAAGAUAAUGAGUGAGCUGGUCAGCAAUGGAGUCCAGAUCUAUCAGUUCCCCACAGAUGAUGAAGCUGUAGCUGAGAUUAACUCUGUUAUGAACGCUCACCUGCCAUUUGCUGUUGUGGGAAGCACAGAAGAGGUGAAAGUUGGAAACAAAAUGGUGAGAGCUCGGCAGUAUCCAUGGGGUGUGGUACAAGUUGAGAAUGAAAGCCAUUGUGACUUUGUGAAACUGCGAGAAAUGCUGAUCCGUGUCAACAUGGAAGAUCUUCGGGAACAAACUCAUACCCGCCACUAUGAGUUGUACAGGCGAUGUAAACUGGAAGAAAUGGGGUUCAAAGAUACUGAUCCUGACAACCAGCCUUUCAGCCUUCAAGAAACCUACGAGACGAAAAGAAAAGAAUUCCUUUGUGAAUUGCAGAGAAAAGAAGAAGAAAUGAGGCAGAUGUUUGUGAACAAGGUCAAGGAGACAGAGUCUGAACUGAAAGAAAAGGAAAGGGAACUGCACGAGAAGUUUGAACAUCUAAAAAGGAUACAUCAGGAAGAAAAGAGGAAGGUGGAGGAGAAGAGAAGAGAGCUGGAGGAAGAGAUGAAUGCCUUCAACAGGCGGAAGGUAGCGGUUGAAACUCUGCAGUGUCAGUCUUUGCAGGCCACUUCACAGCAGCCGCUGAAGAAGGACAAAGACAAGAAAAAUUAAUCUCACACACAGACUUAAAUACCAGGAGCGGACUUUGUACAUUCAUGUGUUUAGUUGCUUGCGCUUCCACCCUGUGAUCCAUUCUGCCUAUACCAUUAUGCAAGUGAGCCAGCAUGAAAGACAAAAUGAACAUCUUCUGUGUUUCUCGGAGAAAGGACUGAGUCUAUGCAAGAUGUAACAUUUUAAAAAGAAAUGAUUAACCUUGUACUAGCAAAUUCCCUUAUAUGCAUUGCAAUGCCUAGCUCUGAAAUAGCAGGAGUUUGUUUAUUUUAAACCCAGUACAUCUAUUUAUAUACUGACCUUACCUGUACCUAAUAAAUUAACCAUUGAAACUUAACUAAGAAAUUAAACAUAAAAAUUACCCUUGGGAACCUCACUUGUUUUAUCUUUUAAAAUCAUUGUGGUAUAAAAAUCACGAAAAUAUUUUGAACAAAUCAUCCCUUGAAUAUGUGGAGACACUUUAAAUUUAUUGUUUGAAGAAGACCCAGCUCCACAACUUCACUCUAGUGUUGUUAUUGAAACAAAACCCCUAAAUAUCUUUAAUUUUUGUAGUAGUAAUAAAAGUGAUAUUAUAGUGUUCAGCUUUUCUGUGCACUUGAAGUGCAACAUUACUAAAUAGGAAUUCUAAGAGGGCUUUCAUUGCGAUUAUGGAUCCAUGAAUGAGACUUUUUUCCAAUUAUUGUACCAGUGUGUGCUCCGGUCUGGUUAAUGUUUCAUUCUUAAAUUCCAUAACCCAAAGCAGGAUGUAGAAAACUUUUUAGGGUUUUUUUUAAAAAUCCCUUUCAGCAUUAAGGCCCAUUUCUUCAACAAUGGAGGUUCCGGGGUGGGGGGGUGUAUCUACUGUUGCUAAAAAUAUACAUUUUUAAAGCCAAGCCUGUGUGUUAUCUGUUCUACAGUGCCUGAAAAAGUACACAGAACUGGAAUAUUUAAGCAACAGUUAUUAUUGUUUAUGAUAGAAGUGAGACAAGCAGUAAAUAUGAUUUUCAGAGUAAGAUUUCCCCUGAAUUCCCUUUAGAGUGGUUUUGACAAUCAUAGAAGCACUUAGAUGUGAAUAUUUCCUUAAAAUCACAUCUCUGUGUGGUGACUUAUGUUGUUAGACAAAUAAAUGAACAUAGGUUUGCAUGGCUAGGGUACCAUUUGACCUAAUUCAGAAAUCUCUAGAUUUUUGACCAAAGAUAAGGGGAUGAGUGGCAUGACUUAAGGCUUUCAAAUAUGCCUUUUUUGCUAAAAAUUUUGGAACAAGAUUUAAUUUGAAACAAAGGUUUGUGGAAGGAUUCCCCAGCUGUUAAAUAACCGGCAGCCAUUGGAGCUGCUUCUGUUGUUUGCUAAGGUUGGGAGAUCCUUGUGCAUGUUGGAUACAUUCAUGAUUUAAAAUUUGAAACAGAAAUCAGCAAGUUUGAGAUUGAUAGCAGAUCUCCAGGUGAUGAUGAAAUUAGCUGUGGGACCUGAUUAAUUACAUGAAGGAACAUUCAGGGCAGGAAAAUAGUUUGAUCACAUUAUACCGUAGCUUAUAUUUAAUGCUUUUAGAACUGCAGUGUUUCACAAGAAACGUCACGCAAAAACAUAGGCUUGAAUCCCUGCCUAGACUAUCUAUGGGCACAGUGAGGUGGGUAGUUUUUUUUCCUGACUUUUUUCCCCCUGGGAGACCUCAUGGGAGAUAUACCUGGGAGUUUCCCAGGAGCACUAUUUGGGGGCAUUUGGAGCUACCCUGGGAGGGGGAAAUCAGUGAAAAUUGCCCUUCCUUGAAUGUGUAGCAAUUCUAGGUGGGGUCCUGGCCAAAUUCACAGCUAUUAUUUAUUUGUUGUAUUAGAAGGGGGGACAAAAACUUGACAGACACAUAAGCAUCUCUCAUUCAUGCUUUUUGUGCAAAAUGAAGCUACCUGUCAUGCCCUUAACCAGACUCAUCACCUCCAGAGGUUGUAGAAAUUGUUCCUCUAUGUUCUUCCCACCUUACUUUUGUUAAUGUUAACUGUUGUCAUAUCGCCUUUUCUCUGGAGAUGGUUUAGCCUCUCUCUAAAAAUUAUUUUUCGUGCUGUUUCGUAGCCUGUAUUUCACUUUUGAAUGGCAAGAGGCACUUUCCUUGCCUGCCCAGAAGUAGCAUUUAACCGGGCAGAGAUCUCUUAUGUUGCACGUUCUCUUCCAAAAGCCCAUUGUAAGCGCUCAAUAGUUGAAAUGUUGUCUUGGGUUUUUUUCCUCCCCCAGGGAAAAGGCAAUUGUCUGUCAUAGAUUGAAAAUCAUGUUAUACUAUUACUUGACAUUUGUAAGGAAAAAAAUUGUGAUAAAAUUUUACAGGUACUUUAAAUGGCAAGCCAUCUAAGAAAUGGUGGUGCAGAUAUUUACACUUUUUAGAAGUUUGUUAUAAUCUGAUUUUUUUAAAGAAAAAGAAAAGGCUGUGCCUCUGUUAACCUAAAUAUAUAUAUAUAUAUAUAUUAUUUCCUGGUGGGUAGGAGAAGGGGAGUUACUGUCUGUAUGGACAAAUAUGACACAUCAUGUACAAGAUGACAAUCCUGGCAAAGUGAAGUUGGCUGAAGUUGCAAAAUCAAUCACAUUUUCCUUUGUCAGAUGAAAGCUUUUGUAAAAGCCUGAAAACUAAUUUUGCGAAGGAGACUGCAGAGCAGGUCAAAAGUUUGAUCAGAUAUGCAAACUAGUGCAUCUGUUCUAACAAGUGUUGUAACCAGUACGAUUCUCUAUACAAAUAUUUUCUUUCUGAUUGGCUUGUAAGGGCUCAGUAUCUUUCCUCUUGCCUUUUUUUUGGAAGUGUGUGAAAAUCCAGCAGUAAUAAUAAAAAUAUUUUUUUAAAUGGCCACAAUGGCAAUAUUUUCCAUAUAUUUCUGAUGAAGACAUUCAGAAUGUAUGUAACAAUAUAUUACUUGUGUGUGCAAAAUAUGUAUGUAUAAAUAUACAUACAUUGUGUUGACCAUGUUGUCUUUUUUUAAAAUUACGGACCUAAACUUUGCCUCAAUCGUGUUAUCCUUUUGUAAAAGUUGUCCUCAAUAGAAAUUGCACACUUCUUCUUGGCUGGGAUCCUGUUUAGUAGCCCUCAAUGCCAUAUUUUUGUAUGAGACCAAACUCAGUUCAUGCAUAUUAUAAUUCUAUACAUUCGUUACUUAUUUAAUGAAUUACUUGUAGUUAUAAUGUGACAUUAAUCUUAAAUUAAAUUCACCUCUUGUGUUAGGUAAGGAAAACAGGAAAACUAAUACCAUUUGACUCAAUUUUUUUCUGUCCGAUAAAUAACUGGACUAAAGGAAAGAUGCAGCUUUUCAUGGAAUCUUCACUACUACAUGUUUUCCUGUUUUUCAAAGCUUGUGCAUUUGAGAUAGCUGUUUAUUUGUUAAUGAGAGCAAAGCAGAAGAUUCUACCUGGAAGACUAACCACACAAUGUUACAGAGACACAGUGGGAGGGAAUAGUGGAAUUGCUUUCAUGAAAUGUUAACAUGUCAUUCUCAUUUUUGUUUUACAAUUUUUUUUAAAGCUUUCAGGGUUUUUUUCAGUUUUCUUUGUACUAUUAUUAAAUGUUACAUUUUA